AUGUCAUCGAGAAUGCAAAAAGGUCCGGUUCAUAUGUUACGACAACAUUGGUCGAAAUUUAAAGAUGGAAACGCAAGAAUGAGACGACUCAAUAGACCACAAAAAUGGGUGCACCCAAGGGAUCGUAUUGAAAGAUGGAAAAUCUUUGAAGGAGAUAUAGUUAAAGUAAUGGUUGGAAGAGCAAAAAAUGAAGUUGGAAAAGUUAAAAGUGUUGAUAAAUUAAGUAAUAGGAUAUGGAUUGAAAAUGUUAAUCUGGGUAGAAUGACUAAACCUAAAAUAAAUCUUGAUAGAAUUAACCCUGAAAAUAAAGAUAAAACUGGUGGUUGGUGGUUGGCUCCCGUUCUUAAACCAAUACAUGUUUCAAAUGUUAUGCAUAUACAUCCUGAUGAUGUUAAUGACGAAAAUAAAAAAAGUAACGAAAAGAGAGCUGUUCGAUCUGAAUGGAAAAAAGUUGAAAUUGAUGAAAAUGAAACAAUGCGAUGGAGACGUGUGAUUGCUGGAACCAAGAUUGUCAUUCCUUUCCCUAAGAAGCCAAAAGAACCAGAACGAGAAAAAUCACCUUUCGACACUUCAACAGAAAUUGCAAGACAAUUGACUUGGAAUGUUUCUUUGAAUCCUCCACUCCCUCCUGGUGUCAUAGAUGAAUUACGUACUCCUCAUAAAGGCUGGAGAUACAAUGCACAACAUAAGAAUAGACCUUUUAUUUAA